AUGCGAAACAGUGGCUGCGUCGCCGCACGGUGUCUUGACAGGCCAGGCUCGCUGCAUUUGAGAGAUGAAUGUCGGGGCGUACUCGGAGCCGAAGGUCCCGGGGUGCAACUUUCGCCGCCUGCUGCGACCCAGGACCUCCUCGCCCUCCUCCUCAUCCUGCUCGGUGCCGACGUGAAAAGCAGCGUCCUCGGAUGCUGCCUCGGAUGAUGAGAGAGCCAUACGCCGCGUGGUUUCUUCUCGCCGUCUCCUUCUGCUUGUUCUCGCGUUUUAUUCUUGCCCUUUUUUUUGUUUUGUUUUGCUUGCGAUCCCGGCUCUUGCGCGUCGAGGGACCGGCCUGUACUUGCGCGCUGUUGCCAGGCUGGAGACAGCAGUACGUAAUAGAAGCCCAUUUCCCCCUGCGUCCCACGUUGAAUUAGGCCGAGAGACAGCCAGCUUAUGAUUCUAUGUCCCGUAUGAUGUCGCAACCACAGUUACAGCGGCGACCGCGACCUUGUAUUUAGGGAGUCGUGUCAACGUGGACUGGGUUGGUAGUUACCGCCUAGCACUUGCCUCAGGAAAGCAUAGAAAGUUUUAAAGAUGGGCCGUCGACGAAGUGGCUAGCAGAGUUUUCUAUAUUAGCUGGUCCGAGGGGCACAGAUAGUUUUGGAGCAGUAUUGUUCCUGGGAGAAAUAAACUUUAGCACAUAUCUUUGAGUCCGAUAAUGAUGAGCGUAACAUUCUGGUUGUUUCAUGAAGUGGUAAAUCCUUGCUGCGUAGCUUCUUCUUUUUGUUUAGAUCGUCUUUUGUAUCAUUUAUUAACGUAUUUUUGCCCAGAGAAAGCCACGGCGCAGCGCAGACUUCCCUGUACAUUUAUUAAUGCCAUUAGAAUUAUUACGAUACUUUUCUUGGCGGUGCAGCGUGGGCACGACAUCGAACGGUCGCACGAACGGUCGCUUUGUGACCGUCUCCGAAGCAUCGAGCAGAGGCAUCUUGAACAACUGGAGCAGCACAGACGACUACUCCAGUAAAUGUUCACCAAAGGGGUGUAGUGAAAGCCGAAUUGACUUUCUUUCUUUCUUUCUUUCUUUCUUUCUUUCUUUCUUUCUUUCUUUCUUUCUUUCUUUCUUUCUUUCUUUCUUUCUUUCUUUCUUUCUUUCUUUCUUUCUUUCUUUCUUUCUUUCUUUUUAUUUGCAUGGCCACGAAAUCCCGUUCCGCAGCGAUGUCCCGAAUCGCUGAUAUCGAGCGCAGCAGACGACGGCGAGCCGCAAUUCUGCACCGAACUAGUGUCGCCAAGCGCAGCAGACGACGGCGCGGCCUGGGCAGCGCUAAUUUGCCGAUACCUUUCUCGUCCCAGCGUAUGCUACUGGUACCAAGCGCAGCAGACGAUGACAACCGAUACUGCUGCAGAGUGUCUUGCUGUGCGAGUCUGUACACAUUACACGCGAAAAAAGGAAACCAGCGAGACAGAUGCGCACGCAACGAACGAAAGAAGCAGGACCACGGGAAGAAGUGGGCACAGAACGGGCUCCAGCCGGUUGUUCCCUAGCAGACGCGUCGGUUUCGCCUGCUUUCGGUUCGCGUUGCAGCUGCACCGAAUUAAGCGGUAUACACAAGGCGCCCGGACGACGGCUGGGGCGUUGCAAAGCCAGAUAGAGGCCGAGGGAGAAGCACAAAUAUAUGUACGCGUCGGAGAAGAAGACGGUAGAGACCGUGGCAGUAAAGAUCGCGGUGAGAGGAGUGCACAGCGGGGGCGCAGAAGCGUCGUCCGGUGUGCGAGUGUGUGUGUGUGUUUGCUCGCGCCGCGGUCUGCGAAGAGGGCGGCCCUAAUGCCGGCGGACGCGCCGUAAAUUCCGACGCCGUCGGCGUUUUUGCGCGCCCCGCUUUCCAUCCGCUCUCCGGUGCAUGCCCCCACAACCGCCCCGGCGGCAAGACCGCGCUGCCUCUCGCCUCGCCGCCGCCCUUAAUUGCGAGCAGUAAGUAAUGGCGCCGCACGGCGGCCUCCGAAAGAGCGAACGCGCACCGGUAACCAUUUGGCUUAAAUGAACGCUAUUAUAAAUCUCGUAAAGACGCAUAUAAACGCCACACAGACAGAAAUACGAAGCGGGCUAGGAAUAGUCUAAUCGUUGUACUUCCAGAGUACAUACCAAACAGAACCACUAAAUCGGCUUAUAGUGAUAAAGUAUUGUUUGGACACUAUCUUUGUUAAUUUCGCUGUGAGCGGCGCGCACUCUCAUAACUUAGCCGUCACGCAUUUUACGCCGACCUGUCAGGCAGCGCGCUCCACCGCCGCAAUCCCGUAGAUCACGAGGCGCCCCGCAUGGUACUUUGCUCCCCGCAAGAGACCCUUGAGUAAACACGAGGAAAGACUCAUCGCACCGAUGCCCUGCUAUAGUUCCUGGGAUUGUAAGAAGAGACCCACGAGUAGACACGGGGGUUCGAGCGAGGCGAGAGAGAAGAGCCGGAGGUCAGCCGAGCCAGAGAGACGGCACGGAGAGACGCACGAGAGACGCGGCCGAGGAAGGCAGCAACACGCUUCACGCCGACGCUCUGCAGAUAAUAAACAGUUUGCAUUUGAGAAAGAAUCCAGCCUUUUUUUCAUUUUGCUGUCAUGGCGCAGCCGACAGGAUCUGCAGACGCGUCUUUCCCGAACGAAGAACGAGCGGCCACCACGGAGCCUAGCAGAACGCCAUCGGUGAGCUCGGAGUCGACAUUCAUCUAUUCACCGGUGAAAUCAACUGUCCGCCACGUUCUCAGCGCCCUGAAAAAGCAACGGCUGACUGACGAGCUGAGAAUCCGUGGACUUCCGUGCAGCGGCCGUAAGGACGAUCUCGUGACCCGUCUCCAAGACGACAACACUCGCCUCCGGGCCUUGCUGGACACGUCCUCCGACUCAACGACCAGCCAGACCAAAGUUGACGGCGACGACCACGAAAGGGCGGACUCGAAGGCGCCGGCUACGAUCGAGAGUCUGCAUGCCGAGGUUGACCAACUGCGACGGCUUCUAACCCAGCAACGCGGGUCACACGCUACGAGUGACACAACGGCGGCACCGAAGCCAACGCAGGCGCAAGCUGGGGACGAAACGGGCUCCCUACGUUUCGACGGGAUCCAAGCCCCCGCUAUGGCAGCGAACCAACGGCCUGCAGAAGUCAACCGUGGCGCACCUCCACAGCCUUCGCCGGAGAACACCACCGCCACAGCUCCAGAAGGUACGCCAAGCAUGACUGACAUCGUGGCCAUGUUCGCACGCGCGCAGCUGCAGAUGACGGAAGCGUUGUCGAGAAUGUCCGCGCCAGCUCCGCCCGUGCUGAUUCAGUCUACGAACGAUACCGCGUCAGCCAUCCCCGAGUACGACGGUGAUGUACAACGAAAUGUCCAAACGUGGAUUACGCAAGUGGAACGCAUUUCUGCGCUGGCCCACUGGUCCCCAUCACUGACGCUCGCAACGGCAGCAACCCGGCUGCAAGGUGCCGCAAGGGACUGGCACAGUUCUUACGGUACGGCUUGUGAAACGUGGGACCUUUGGAAGGAAGCACUUGCCUCUCGUUUCGACCGGAAGCUGACAAUGCAGGAGUUUUUGGACCUGCAAGCUUCACGAAUACUGCGCAAUUCGGAGACCCUAGUAGAGUACAUGUACUCUAAAAAUGCUCUACUGGACAAAUCUCCGUACCCGCUUGCGAAGGAAGAGAGAAUUUCGCUGAUACUCAGCGGGAUCGAAGACGACACCUGGGCGAAUCCUCUCGCUGCACAGCCCUGCAACAGUGUCAUUGAUUUGAUAGACCGCGCAGUGCUGCUCGACACCAGGCGGCGUAAAGCACUAACGACGCAAACAGCGCAGUUCCGACAAUUGCAAGCUGGACAACAGAGCCAACGAAACCAAACGAGGAACAGCUACGAGAACAGAGCGGCAGCUGACGACGGACGCCCCGAGCCGAGCGCUCAGUCAAUGCGGCGCGAACACCGAGAACCAGUUCGAGCUGCGCGAGCACGAGCCUGCUUUAACUGCGGCUACAUGGGACAUUUGUCGAGGGAGUGCACCGGACCCAAGACGGUGGCCACAAUCCAUGCGGAACGACGUCGAGAAGCCAGAUAUGACGCAGGCAACGCCGGCACAACCUCCAGGCAAGCCAACUGCUUCCUGCAAUCGACGGGCGGCACCCUACCCAUCGUGAAGGGCUUCGUUGGGAGCCGGCCGGUCAGAGUCUGCAUAGACAGCGGCUCCAACGUCUCUGUCCUCGGCGAAAGCUCCGUGGGUCCUGAGGUUCAUCCCCGACCUUGGACGUCUCACGAAACGAUAGAAGUGCUCGACCGGUGCAUCAGACCGGCGAGAGUGGCGACUCUGAACGUGACCAUCGGAACAUCGACCGUGCGACUCGAGGAGGUGGUGAUCGCGCCGUUGCCAGGUGCCAUGGAUCUGAUUCUUGGUUCGGACUGGCGCCGCGCUGCGAAUGUUGACGUCACGUUCCACGCCACUAACGACGUCACCCUCGUCCCCGUUCAGCCAUCGGUGAGUGAGCCAUCGGGUCACGCACCAAGCGCACACAGUGUGCAUCGCGUCGGAGAGACCCUAAUAACAGCCUUUAGCAAUCGCAAGGUCCUAGACGAACUACCGGCGAGCGAUAUCGGUUUCGUACAGCUGAACACGAAGGACCCCGGUCCUGACGAAGAUUACACCAAUCAGGUUGAACAGGCAGUAUCCAAUAUGUCCCGCGACGCAAACGCCGACGAACGAGAUGAGCUGCGCUCAGUUCUUCAUCGUGGUCACCAUGAAACGUUCACCACGAGGAGGGACGCGCCGGGGCUCUGCGCCCACGAUGAGCACAGCAUCGAACUCAGGGACGAUAUUCCCGUCGCCUCAAAGACAUACAGAUCCUAUCCCGCUGACCCUCAGUUUCAAGGGAGCGAUCCCGAAUGCCAAAAGUUCCGGGCGGAAGCAGGUACUGUUAACUCCAUCUACGAAGUGGAAGACGACAUCGUGGUGAGAAGAUCGAUCGAGGGCGGACGAGCUUGCAAAACGGUGGUGGUUCCUGCGGCGCUCCGAAGCAGUGUAAUGACAGUCUUUCAUGACAACAACGGACACUUCGGAAGCAAGAAAACGAAAGCCUUGAUCCAGCGGAAGUAUAGGUGGCCAUCUAAAGUAAAGGACAUCCGCCGCUACAUCGAGACAUGCCACACGUGCCAGAUGAUUAACUCACGAACGACACGAGCCGAGAGGUGCCUCAGCCCCAGAGAAGUUCCAAACGAGCUCAAUGUUGUCAUCUCUCUCGAUCACAUGGAUCCUCUGGAUGGAGGCGAAGGUUAUAUCCUCGUAUGCAUCGACCACGCUACAAGGCACAUGGACGCGGCAGCGGUGCCAAGCACAUCUUCGAAGUACUACUUGGAAUUACUUACGAACCGGUGGAUCCCACGAUUCGGCGUUCCAAACAUCGACCUCACGGAUCAAACGAAGGGCUUUGUGAACAAACGAACAGCGCAAGUUCACAACAGGCUUGGAAUCCACCACAUAAACUCUCCUCCGUACAUUAGAUGUCAGAUACGAAAGGCCAUUCGAAAUAACGGCACUGAUAGGUCCUAGCAUGGCUGUUAUAAGCAGGGCUACCCCCAUCCCCGGAAGGUCAAACGAAAAAACUGUAAACGUCGAACAGCUGAGGAAGUACAAAGAACGCGCCUUGGACACCGAGGAAUUGACAUCGACGGACACGUGCGCCUGAGGACAGUCGCAAAUUUUGGGUGGGCCGUGUGAGCGGCGCGCACUCUCAUAACUUAGCCGUCACGCAUUUUACGCCGACCUGUCAGGCAGCGCGCUCCACCGCCGCAAUCCCGUAGAUCACGAGGCGCCCCGCAUGGUACUUUGCUCCCCGCAAGAGACCCUUGAGUAAACACGAGGAAAGACUCAUCGCACCGAUGCCCUGCUAUAGUUCCUGGGAUUGUAAGAAGAGACCCACGAGUAGACACGGGGGUUCGAGCGAGGCGAGAGAGAAGAGCCGGAGGUCGGCCGAGCCAGAGAGACGGCACGGAGAGACGCACGAGAGACGCGGCCGAGGAAGGCAGCAACACGCUUCACGCCGACGCUCUGCAGAUAAUAAACAGUUUGCAUUUGAGAAAGAA